UAGACGCUGAUCCGUGCUGCUGGGUGCGCCAUAUUGGCUGACUUACGUGGGGAGUGGAGUUGGACGAGCCGCCUUGAAAAUACCGAACCAGUCUCCGGACAUGAACACUUCCGAGGAUAACCAGUAAAAUCAUCGCGGUAGGCUUGAUUUGUAUCCCCCGGGUGCACCGUGUUUAAUCCGCUCGCACAAUUUUCCCGUGAAGAGGUUCCCCCCCCCCCCCCCCCGUCGGUGAGCUCGAGUCCAAUGGAUCCCAGGAGCGCUUGGAUCCAGCCGGAGCAGAAGGGACCUGCCAGUUCCCUGUGGAUGCACAUUUGGGAAACGUCGCAGGGGUUCGGGGCGAACGCCGACGUCGACAACCGCCUCCACCACCACCACCACCACCAGCAGCAGCAGCAGCAGCGCCACUUCGCGGCGCAGAAUUCAAACUCCGCGGACUCGAACGGCGAGUACUGCAGAAAUGUAGCGCCGCCGACGGGGGUUGUGUUCGGGAAGCGAGGAAGCGGCGGCGGCGGCGGCGACAGCAGGGGAAGCGUCCGCAGGAAGGGCUCGCUGUCGCCGUCCUCCUCCUCGCUGGACUCGGAGGCCGAGGGCUCGUCGCCGUGCGGCUCCUCGCUGCGGAUCGACAACCUGAACGUCGCAGAGGAGGCGGGCCGGUUCCUGCACUGCUACGACGAGCGCGAGCUGAACGAGAACAACCUCCGGCGGCAGUGCGCCCCUCCGCCGCUGCACGCUGUCCAGCAGCACUGUCGCAGCAUGCAACAGAUCGGCGGCCACACCCCCGCGGGGACGAAGAACCAGCACGGGAGCAAGCAGCAGCAGCAGCAGCACCACCACCACCACCACCAUCACCACCUUCAGGCGCACUCGUCCGGCCGCAGGAGGCACCUGAACCGGGCCAACACGUUCCACGGCAUCAACCCGCUGCUGUCCUGCAGCCACGGUGGACACUGUGCAGACUCGUCCUGCAGCCUGUGGAAAACCAGGCGGUACAGUCCGGGCAUCAAUGGUCUGCACGAAGAGAUAGUGGACUUCUUCAACUUCAUGUCGCCCCGGCCGGAGGAGGAGGCCAUGAGGAGGGACGUCGUGAACCGAAUAGAAAGUGUCAUCAAGGAUCUGUGGCCCACGGCGCGGGUGGAGAUAUUUGGCAGCUUCAGCACUGGACUUUAUCUUCCAACAAGUGACAUUGACCUGGUGGUGUUUGGAAAGUGGGAUCAUCCUCCACUGCAGGAACUGGAACAAGCCCUGAAGAAGCGCAACGUGGCCGGCCCAUAUCCCAUCAAGGUCCUUGACAAAGCCACAGUGCCGAUCAUCAAGCUCACCGACCACGAAACGGAGGUGAAGGUGGACAUCAGCUUCAACGUAGAAACCGCAGUGAAAGCAGCACAGUUCAUCAAAAGCUACCUUAAGAAGUACACCGUUCUGCCACCUCUGAUCUUCGUCUUGAAGCAGUUCCUGCUGCAGAGGGACCUGAAUGAAGUCUUCACUGGAGGCAUCAGCUCUUACAGCCUUAUACUAAUGGCCAUCAGCUUCCUGCAGUUACACCCUCGGAUUGACACGCGCCGUGCCAACAUCAACCUGGGCAUCCUACUGAUCGAGUUCUUCGAGCUGUACGGCCGCGAUUUCAACUACAUGAAGACCGGCAUCCGGGUGAAGAACGGAGGGGCCUACCUGUCAAAGGAGGACAUGCUGAAAGCCAUGGGGAGUGGAAACAGGCCGUCCAUGCUCUGCAUAGAAGAUCCAAUACAGCCAGGAAAUGACGUAGGCAGGAGUUCCUAUGGCGUCCUUCAGGUGAAGCAGGUGUUUGACUUUGCCUACAUGGUGCUGAGUCAUGGAGUGUCUCCUCUUGCACGGGCUUACCCCAACAAAGAGUAUGACAGUACUUUAGGGCGAAUUAUCAAAGUCAGCCCAGAGGUGUUGGUCUACAGGGACUGGACAAUCAAGAAGUGGGGAGCCAAGCAGUAUGCCAAGCUGGAGAACCACGAUGUAGAGACCUGUGGGCAGGACCUUGCCAGGCUGAUGCUGGUUUCUGUGGAGGAUCAGAGAGACAGCUCCUCCCCCCUCAGUGCUGACUCCCCCUCGCCCUCACCAGUUUUCCUCCCCAGCCCUCAGCACCAUUCAUCCUCCUCUUCGGCAUGCUCGCUCUCCUCCUCCUCCUCCGGAAGUGACAUAGAAUCUGAUUCUCCCCCAAGCAGUAAUGCUGCUAUCCAACUCCACCCCCUCACCCUGUCCUCAGUCCAUCCUGUAAUCCAGAUGGCUACUGACCUGAGGGCCACACACCCUGCAGGAUUUAUCCACGCCACGCCCCAGUUCUACCACGACCAUCCUCCUUCCAUCAGUGUUGUGCACCGCCACGCGACGCAAGCCGCGCAAGUGUCCCACCACGCCAACUCCUCGAGCCCGCUCCCCAGCCCCCUCCACCGGCUCCAGCACCCUCAGGUCGGAGGGCAGCAGAGCCACGCGUACACCGUGAGAUCCAACUCCCAUGGCUCCAUUGAGCCGCACAAAUUCAGCUUCAAGCACAACCAAGGCGGCGGCGUCCGGAGCCAAAACCACUCUCAAGGCAACUUCAGUCCGCAGCAGCGGUUUGCUCCCCAGGGUCAUAACACGGCACCGGGUUUCAGGAACCAGCAGCAGCAGCAGCAGUACAACCGGAACACCUGGCGACGCAGGAAGAGGGAUGAUCCUCCUGCUCUCAACCAAAGUAGAUGAAAGACUGAAGGUGCAGGAUUUUUACUUGACGCUCGUUAGUAGAUGAAAAGUCUCACUCAGCCUGUCAUGAAUCUUUGUGUUGAUGAGCCAUGAAUGAUUUGUGAAAACUAUAUUUUUUUUUUCGUUGUCGUUGCUGUUGGAUGCUCAAAAAUGCACCUACACCAUGCUGGAUUACCCCAAGUCAAAGCGAGUUGUCUCCCAAGGGAUCAAGUCAUCGAUCUCUGCUAGCGUCGUGUGAGCACUGGAUGAUGCUACAGGGCUCUUGCAGGUGAAGGAGGACUGUAAAAAUGCUCGACUACGGUCAUUUUGUGACACCGGUCCGAUGGUCGUCAGAGCCCUUCCUCUAAAUUUGAUGUACACCAGCACAGACUUUGAGUUGAACGAGGGAUUGCUGGGCGCCAGACUGGGUCUCCACGCAACCUGAACAUCUUGGAGAAUCUCGUGCCAUUAGUACUGAACUUAUUUGUCCAACUCUGGCCCCCCUCGAAAAGGGUUUGGGCACCGUUUCGAUGACGUCGCGGGCCCAUUUUGUCUCCUGAAUGCAACUCCCCUUAUAGCACGCUCUUGAUUCAGAGCUCUUACGGCUUUGACGAUCAUCUGUGAAUUGUACUCUGGACUGAAGCGAAGCACUACCUUUCUACCUAUGCAGCGCAACGCUGACUCGGAUGUUCUUUUUCUGGUGUGACGGCACAAAACGGACCUUGUCUCAAGUGCUUAAACUGUGAUGACUUGUUUGAAUGUACUAAGUGUUUAUUUUCUGUGUGUUGGUCAUUCUCCUACGUUCUCUUGUUUUUGUCACGGCGGGAUGUUUUUGUUUUUUGUUCACGUUGGCACUAUGAUGUUUUGUACUGUAAACAUUGCCACCUUAUUUUAGUUUGUUGCAUUUCUAUGCAAUAAUGACAUUUCUUUUUAUUUAAUUUAUUCCACAUUUUAGUCUUGCUUUGCUUAUUUUGAUCCUAGACUUCAUCGAUAUGUGCAAUAGAUGGAAUUAAGGGCCUUGAAGGAAUGUGUAUGUGUGUGUGUGUGCGCGCGCGUGUGUGUACAGCUUUCCAGCAGAAGGGGGAGCUAUGGUAUAACGACGUGAGAAAUGUGCCAAAAAAAAUCCCAUGAUGCCAACAUUUUUACCCCUGUUUAAUUUACCACUGCAUUACGAUCACUCAACCCUUUUCCCAACUGCCUGUCCUAAUGUUUAUCCACCACUAAUUCUCAUUUUAAACUCAUCACUUUUCUCAGUGGUUUGACUUUUUCUUUUCCUUUCUCCUGUGGUGUAUUUCCUCUUAAUAGACUGUGCUGAGGAAAUGCACCCUCAGCAGUCAAAUGUUCACACUCCUCAUUUCAAACAUUAGGGUUUCGAAAAUAGUUGGUGCUACUUAUUACCAGCAGAUGGCUUGUUUUCUGCCUUAUAUCUCCUUUUUUUUUUUUUUCUUUUAUUCUGUUAAAGCAACAGUUUAACUGCCUUUUGUAAAUGACCAAACUUGCCCUUUUUUCCCUGGCUGUAGCCGUAUAGCCAAGCUUUCUAUCCUUGUUUUCUAUGAGCACUGUCAGGGUUACUUGGCUUAUAUUUUUACAUUCAGCUUCCAGCUCCAUGAGCAGACUCUGCAGUCAGUGAUUGCUAGCAUUAGCACCAUGUAACAGCUUGUUGGGGGUUUUUUUUUGUUGGGUUUUUUUUAUUAUUCCAAACCGGUUGUGUAUGAGGUCCUUACAGUUCAGGGGGUGGGGUUCUUCUCCAUAUUUAAAGCCUAUCUUUAAAACAAGGUUGCAAAGCUACGUGAUUUACACAGCAAUCCAUAAGAGGACUUGAGCUUGGGAUGUAACAGGAGUUUUGGUUAGAGCCAUUAACAAAAGCCAAACUUCGGUGAGGUCAUAUUAUUGUGUCAUACUGAUGGAUUCAACAUGAUGCUGCUUCCACUGUCCCCCUGUUUUCAGUGCGGCUUUUCCACGAGCCGCCCCAACGGAUAACCGUAUGCAUUGCCACAAACCAAAUCCCCAGCUCAUAUCUGUGUAAUUAAGAAUGGGUUGUAAGCUGUAAAUGACUGACAUAUAUAGAUGUAUACCUUGUUUUUUUUAUGUAAGUUUUUCUAUUUUUUUAAUAAACAUUUUAAAACUC